CAAACCGCCCCGUUGUUAAAAGGAAGAGAAUUUCAAGUGGCGUCUCGCUAGGUAACGCUUCGAUGGUGAACGGACAGUGAGUUUGAAUUUCCCGGCCGGAUACGACGAAUCUUGAUCCAAGAAGAGCCUCACGAAUUUAGGUUUCGAGGUCUUUGACAAUGGCGGAUUCCGCUGAAGAAUUUGAACCCUUGUUCGAUUACAGCCGCGUGCAGCCUCCCUCCGUUGUCUGUCUUGAUGACGAGGAUUCAGACGCAGACAAAUCUCCGGCGCCUUUUACAAAGCGAGCAAAGAUUGCGAAUCUAGCGGCUACGAGUUCGGUGAAUGGUAACCCAAAGGAGAAACAAGUGGAAAUUGAAGAUAAUGAGGAAGAUUGGCUUCCUCCUCCACCGAAAGUGUUGGUUGAUGGAAAUAAUAGGCGUGGGGAAGAUUCCACAUUGAAGGAGUUAAGGUUAAAGAAGCAAGAGUUGGCCUCUGUUGCUUUAUCAGCUAAAAACUUGCUGCGAGAAGUGGAGGAAUCUGCAAAAGUGGAUGUUGGGAACACGUCCAAGGACUCUCUGGAACCUGAUUUGGAUGUCCAAACUCCAGUUGUUUCUAAAGAAAGAGCAAAAAUUGUCAUUUCUGUACGUGACAGUGACAAGGAAGAGCUCAAACAGUAUCGCCUGUUUGUGGAUGACAAUUUUGAGCGACUUUUCAAAAUAUACGCAGACAAACUUAAAAUCGAUCCUGAGAGUUUGGUCUUCGUUUUUGACGGGGAUAAAAUCGGCCCAAAUGAUACCCCAGGUGGCCUUGGCAUGGAAGAUGAUGAUAUGAUCGAAGUUAACAUCAAGUCGAGUUGAGUAAGGUUUUUGAGUGUAUAUUUUGUGAAAUACUUAACCAGUUUUGGGGAUGAGAGACUUGGAAAAUGCCAAAUUCAAUACUUUGUAAUUUGUACCGUAAGAUGAUCAAAUCGUUUAUAGAAGGCUGUGAAAAGGUUUCUUUUGUGCGGUAAA